AGUCCAAUCCAGUCUUGUUGUACUGGAUGAUUCAGCGUCUCUCACCCAGAAAAAUCCUUGAUUGAUUUCAGUACACUUCCUUCUUCUGCAUCUACUCAAGUGAUCCAUAAUCUGAUACGCAUCUGACUGACUGACUUCAGCUUAGGUUUCUUGGGGGGUUCGUUUCUCCUCCGCCCUAGUUCCUUCCCUUGGGCGGAGCUGACCGGUUCUCUACUACUUUCCUCCUCAAUAUGAUUGAUCAGUUCAUCAAUUUUGUCAUUCGACCACCCAGCUGAGUCAAAACAUUUGGUACAAAAGCUGAGUUUACGUUGUAUGAGGAGUAGGCUAUAUCACAUAUGGAAGUGGGGGAUCUUUUUACCCUCUAGUGCAUAUACUGCAUGUUCACACGCAGCCUCUUCUUUAAUGGAGGGCCGAAUAUAAUCCUGAACAAUAUUUAUGGGAAAAAGACUUCACUCUUGCUGGAAGGAAAUUCAGAAGACAAGACCUGGAGGCAACUCAGGAACGGUAGAGGGCAUACCUUGAGGUGUAGCCAUUACAUGCCUUCAUCCUUCCCAGAUGACACAUCUCUUCCUUGUGUUAUAUAUUGCCACGGAAACAGUGGAAGUAGGGCAGAUGCAAAUGAGGCUGCUGCAAUUCUUCUACCAUCAAACAUUACUGUAUUCACUCUUGAUUUUUCGGGUUCAGGGUUAUCUGAUGGCAAUUAUGUCAGCCUUGGUUGGCAUGAGAGUAAUGACCUAAAGGUUGUAGUGUCGUAUCUGAGAAGCAAUGAACAAAUAUCUCGCAUUGGUCUAUGGGGACGCUCUAUGGGUGCAGUUACCAGCUUACUCUAUGGCGCAGAAGAUCCUUCUAUAGCUGGAAUGGUGUUGGAUAGUGCUUUCUCUAACUUAUUUAAUCUAAUGAUGGAACUGGUGGAUGUGUACAAAAUUCGGCUUCCUAAGUUUACGGUGAAGGUCGCUCUGCAAUACAUGCGUCGAAUGAUUCAAAAGAAGGCAAAAUUCGAUAUCAUGGACAUUAAUGCCUUGAAGGUUGCACCAAAAACAUUUAUUCCUGCUUUAUUUGGACAUGCCAAAGGUGACAAGUUUAUACAACCCCACCACUCAGACCUCAUCUCUAAUUCCUAUGCGGGUGAUAAAAAUAUGAUAAAGUUUGAGGGCGAUCACAACUCAUCUAGGCCACAGUUUUAUUAUGACUCGGUAUCCAUAUUCUUUCACAACGUUCUUCACCCUCCGACAGUAUCACCAGCUUGUUCAGGCAAAUAUGAAAAAUAUUACGAUCUGGGAGAUCUUCAGGUUGAUGCUGGUAUAGAAGAGAGUCUAUUCUAUGAGAUGAUAGCCGGCCAACCUUUGGGUAUAGAUGCAGCAAGCACUUCAUCCGCCCCACCUAGCAUUUUAACCACAGACUCAGUUGGGGAUUUUCUUCCUCGAAUUAUACAAGUUAGAAACUCCCUGGUGAAUGAUGUAAAUUCAGAUAAUGCCCACGAACGAUCGCAAUUGCAGGACAAGCCUAGUGGUCAAACCGAAGAGUGUUGUUCUUAUACAAGCUCAACUAGAGAGAGCUGGGGAAGAUGUUCCUCUUUGGGCAGUGAUGGUGAACCUUUUCCAGAUUGCACCACAUCGAACAACAAUGAUCUGGUAACAUUGAAGGUGCUUGCAACACCUCUUCGAACCACUCAACAUGCAGCUGCAGAUGUGGAGAGGGAAAAGAAGAAAGGUGCAAAGAAAUCUGGACGUGACAAGUUCGAAAAACUAGAGGCCCUUAGUCAGCGUCUGCGCCUUUGUAUUCUGAAACGUGUCAAGCAUAGGAGGAAUCAUUCAUCCUGAUGAACUUUGUAAAAUAUAUGUAACCACAAUACGAGAUUGAUUAUUAUGUAGGUCAUGGGUUUGGUUUUCCAAUUUGCUUGUCUUCUUUAACAUCCCCCUUAACAUGUAAGAGAACCAGAAGUGAAAUAUGAAGAGCAAUUUUGCAUUACCA